AAAUAUUGAUUUAUCGACUUGACAGAUUGAAGUUGAACAUUACUCACUAUAAUUUUUUAACAAAAAACCAGUGGAAAUUAAAAAAAAAAUGGGCUUAACUGAUUGCUUCGAGAACAUUAAUUUUCCUCCUUGUAUUUGGUUCGAAGGAGGCGACAAAAGGAACGCUUACGCUUCGAUGCUAGCAGGUCUAUUGUUUUUCGCCGGCUGGUGGACGAUUAUCGAUGCUUCAAGCGUGAACGGAUUCAUUUUAGCCGGUCACCACAUGUGUGGUGUGGUUGGAACCAUCUCCUUACUGAUGGUGAAUUCCGUAUCGAAUGCUCAGAUGAGAGGUGAUGUGUAUGAGGGUGGUUGCAUGGGCUCCCGUGGAACCCGCAUUUGGUUAUUUAUUGGUUUCGUAAUGGGAUUCGCUGCAGUCAUUGCAUCUUGUUGGAUCUUGUUUGCGAAUUUCAUGGAAACAGGUAAACGAUGGUCUGGUGUAUCCCUGUUUCUACAAAAUGCAUUGAUAUUCAUCGCUUCUAUCAUUUAUAAGUUUGGAAGAUCUGAGGAUUUGUGGGGUUGAAGAUAAUUGCGCCCCCUUAUUUAUAUUUGUUGUAAGAAUUUUUCAUUGAGAUUGUUUUUGAAGUUAUUCUAAUCACAAACAAAUUACGUUAUAUUCGUACUUGCUGAUGAUUCAGAGGUGACUGUUUUUUUUACACUUUACUCUUAAGGAAUUGCUAUUAGGUUGUCUUAAUAUUCUACAUAAAACGAUACUAAUAAAUUGUACUCAAUAUUGGAUUUAUUCGGUUAAAUUUAUUAAAGGUGUUAUUUUUCUGUUUUCAAAA